UGUUUCCUUUAUUCUGUAAAUAAUGUGUAAUAUAAACGCUUUUCACAUCAUGCUGUGUUCCACAGUUGGGGUUUGAGAUCAACUGCGGCACUGACAACAAAUGUGUCGAUGACCUGAAAGUGGAUUUCAACUUCACCGGGUGAUUAUACAACAGACAGGGAAACUUCACCAUUCCCCAAGAAAGCGUCAAGAUCCUCAGAGGUUAAAGUGGGCAUGGAUGAGCUUUUGGAUGUCACAGUCUCAGUGGCGAACAGAGGAGAAAACUCCUACAACAGUCGUGUUAUUCUCACAUAUCCAGCUGGACUCUCCUACAGGAAGUUCACCAUUCAGCAGAUUGUAGCAGAGGUAGAAGAUUUCACUAAAGCCAUCAUUGGAGGAUGCCUGGGAGGGUUGGCUAUUCUGGCUUUUCUCACUGCUGGCCUGUAUAAGGCUGGGUUUUUCCAGAGCAAAUAUAAACAGAUGAUAAAAGAAAGUGCAGAAGAUGCUCCAGGGAAUGAUGCAAGUGCACUCACAGCAGAAUAACAAAAUCACAUUUGUAGUUGUACAUUUACUGUAUAUGAAAAAUUUAAGGCCCUUCUGAUAUUUUUCGGAAUGGACAGUGUGUGUAGCAAUGUGCAUACUACCACAUUUGAUUCAUUCAACAAAAGAUAGCUUGUUGUGUUUGAAAUCACUCCUUUGCUUGCUCAUUUACUGUUAUCUAUAAUAGAGGCUCCUACCUGUGUCCUUCCAUUACCUUCAGGAGCAGAAAACUGCUGAAAUUAAAUCAUCCGAGCAGAAAAAUACAAUUGUCAAUCAAUGCCUUAAACUUUAGACACCUGAGGACAAAAGAGACACAAAGUCUGAAUACUCAAAUAAAAUGGAUGAGAUUAAAUGUAGUCUGUGAAAGUCCUGUGAUGCAUUAUGUUAGGAAGUGUC